AGGCAGUACAGGCACGUAGGGUGUUAGUGGGCGGAGCUCCGGGUGGGACAUAAGCUGCACCCCGGUCACUGUGUACGAUCUCCGGCACCGGGAGAGGUUGUAAUCUCAUCCAGCGAUGGCCUUCUUUGGUGUAGUCCCCUGCGGUAGCCAUGUCCACCAAUGUGCUCAUUUAUUGAGGGCUGGAGUGAGCGUUGGUACAAAUCGCGGUUUACAUGUGACAAGUAGAUUUGCUGCCAAGGAGUAUUACGAUGUGGUGGUUGUUGGAGGCGGUGCUGGAGGAAUAACCAUGGGUGCCCGGAUGAAGAGGAAAGUUGGAGCUGGGAAAGUUGCCAUCAUAGAGCCAAGUGAGACACAUUACUAUCAACCCAUGUGGACUUUGGUUGGUGGAGGUGCCAAGAAACUAGCAAGUUCGGCUCGGACUACAGCAAGUGUGAUCCCUUCAGGAGUCAAAUGGAUCAAAUCAGAAGUAAAAAGCUUUGAUCCGGACAAUAACUCCAUCCGGAUAGGCGAUGACAAAGAGAUUAGUUACAAAUAUUUAAUUAUCGCGCUGGGCAUCAAACUGCAAUUUGAAAAGGUUAAAGGACUGCCUGAAGCAUUUAAUUACCCCAAAAUUGGCUCCAACUACUCUGUAAAAACCGUGGACAAGACCUGGAGAGCUCUGCAGGACUUUAAAAAGGGAAAUGCAAUUUUCACCUUCCCCAACACUCCAGUGAAAUGCGCGGGCGCUCCACAGAAAAUCAUGUAUUUAUCGGAAGAGUAUCUUAGGAAAAAUGGAAAACGAUCUGAUGCAAACUUCAUCUUCAACACAUCUUUGGGAGUCAUUUUUGGGGUAAAGAAGUAUGCAGAUGCCCUCCUGGAAAUAAUCAAAAAGCGGGACAUCACUGUGAACUUUAGACAUAACCUUAUUGAGGUCCGACCUGAAAAACAAGAAGCCGUGUUUGAGAACCUUGAUAAACCAGGAGAAACCAAAGUAUUGCAGUAUGAAAUGCUUCACGUGACCCCUCCGAUGGGACCACAAGAUGUACUAGUCAACAGCCCCGUGGCAGAUGCAGGUGGCUGGGUGGAUGUAGACAAAGAGACCCUCCAGCAUAAGAAGUACCCCAAUGUUUUUGGCAUAGGAGACUGCACUAAUCUCCCAACUUCAAAAACAGCAGCUGCUGUAGCUGCCCAGUCAGCAGUACUGGACAAGACUAUUUCCUUGGUUAUGAAAAGUCAAAAGUCCUCUGCCAAAUAUGAUGGGUACACUUCAUGUCCCCUGGUGACAGGCUACAGCAAAGUGAUCCUGGCUGAGUUUGAUUACAAUCAGCAACCACUAGAGACCUUCCCCAUUGACCAGAGCAAAGAGAGAUGGUCCAUGUACCAUAUGAAAGCAGACAUGAUGCCGUUCCUGUACUGGAAUUUGCUUCUUACGGGAUACUGGGGAGGUCCAGGCCCCUACAGGAAGAUCAUGCACCUUGGAAUGAAAUAGGAUGAACAAUACAACCACUAUCACAUUAUAAGCCCAACAAUCUGAUAAAAUGCGUGCUGUGUAAGAAGGGACUACUAAAACCUUACAGGAGUUUUGGUGAAUAUUAAUUCAUGUGCCGUCUCUGUAAUCUCACCAUGCUCUUCAGAUUUCUAUAACAUCCAGAAACAUUUUUUUUUUAUACAGAGGACUAAAAAAACUAAAUAAACUGCCCUUCUGUUUUUUUUUUUUAUCACUAUUCUGCUGAUAAAUCAUGUAUUUUUUUACAGAAAUGUUUCUACAUUAAUAAAGUCCUUAAAUACAG